AUGAGCUCCCCAAUUCAACUAGACGUUGGAGGCACUCUAUUCAAGACUAGUAAAUCUACGUUGACAAGAUUCGAUGGAUUUUUCAAAACAAUGCUGGAGACAAAUGUUCCGAUUGAACGAAACCAGUCCGGUCAUAUUUUCAUUGAUCGUGACCCCACUCACUUCCAAGUCAUUCUCAAUUUUAUGAGAGACAGUGACGUGGAUCUUCCUGAUUCCUAA